GUUCAUUAUCGAUAUAAAAUAGGAAAAUGCUUAAAAUAAUUUUCUUUAGUGAUAACCUGUAGCUAUUUAGUAACGUUACUGCCAGGACCAAAACUAUGAGGCUAAACGUUAACGUUAAGUUUUAAAGAUUGCCUAACGUUAAGUUAGCUAACUUGGCGUUCCCUAACAGUAAAUACACGGGAUUGCAUUUGAAGCAUAGACUGAUUUGAAGACGCUUUAAGUACGAGCCAGUAGAGCACCAGAUGCCAGAAGCAAUCUCAGAGAUGUCUUCACCACAACCAGAAUUGAGAGGGAGGGAGACAGGACAGAGCCAGUCAAAAGUACCAGAAAGUCCCCUCUGCAUGUCUACAGUCACAGUGAGGGAUAAAUUGCACAAAAAAGAGGAGCUGCUUCAGUUCAUGGCUACGACAGAUGACCUGGUGGGACACGUGCUGGUGGAGGAGGAAGAGGAGGAGGAGAAACAGGAGAGGAUGAAGAUUCAACAACCAUAUAAAAAUAACACACCUCUCCCUAAACAAACACAAGACUGUCCUUACCUGAAGAGGAUUAAGCAAGAGACCAUUAAGAGAGACAGAAAUUGGGACUUACUCUCCAUUGAACGGCAGAGAGCACUACUGGAGUCCUCUCUGAUGAUGAGCAGGUCAGAGAUUAUGAAGAUGGACAAGACCAUAUCAGUAAAGGAGCGACUUCUGAAACAGCUUGAACAAAUCAUUGCAAGAGAGAAUUACAAUUUUGAGGAGUUCCUCAAGAGGAAUGAGGAGAUAUACAUGGAGUACAGAACAUUUUUUCAAGAAGAGGGGAAGUCGGGACAGGAGAAGAAUGCUGCAAUUGAGAAGUUAACUGAUGAAAUAUGGACCAUAAAAAGUCAAUUUGCCAAGAUUGAGGCAUUCCUUAAUAAAUAUAAGAGAUACAAGAACAUUCUGUUCAUGCUGUCGCCUCCGGAGUGGCAGGAGGCCCAAGAGGCAGAGGCUUUGAAAACUAAAGUCGCGUCUGACAGAGACGCUCAGGAUGAGCGGAACAUGGAGCCUCGGGAAUCAGCAGUUAGGCAGGGUUUGGCGAGAGGUUUUGAAUUCAGUACAGGUAGCGUGCAGCCUUUGACCAGAGAGCCCACGCUGUCCGCAGCCCACAACAAGAUCACAAAUUCUAAACUGGACUGCAACAACUCAGCAAAUGAGGAGAAACUGGAGCUAUACUUCUCUGAUCCCCAGCAGCUACUGGGUCUGAUGUCAGAGCUGACUGAGCAGAGCCUGUCCCUGAUUCAGAACUCCACCAGGGUGGAUGAGACACUCGUGGAGCUCCGGCAGGCCAUAGAGGCCAGCUUGAAGAAAAUGAAAGAGGAUGAAGAAAAACUAACGUUGCAGGUAAAUGACAUGAAGCACAGAAUCAACAACGAGAAGUCGACAGCUACAAAGCUCAAAAAGAAGGUUCAGCUCCAUGACUCAUUAAAAACAGAGGACCAAGAUGUUUUGUUGGAUGCACUGGGCAGGAAGGUGAAAGAAGUGCAUCACUGCUGCGUGGAUAGCCGGUUGACCACCCUGAGCACUUUGGAGAAGCUGUCCAGUGUCGAGUACCGUAUGUCUUUACUGCUCCAGCUCAUUGAGACCAUCCCUGAAGAAAGCUUGGAGGCACUGAGGCAGAUUAAGGACAAUGAGAGGAGGAACAGGCUGCAUGAAGAAAAGCUGAGACUGGAGAGGGAGAGACAGAGAGAAAGGAUGAAGAAGUGCAUGCAAAGGUCUCUGGGUGAUGGCAAGAAAAUAAUUAAAAGGAGGCUCAUGCCCAGAUGUAUCCCUCUUGAGCCGAAGAUCAAAGUCAGCGAUGAGGACAACAUUCCUGCCGAGGAUGAACUUUACGCCGAACUCUUCACCAAUGAGGACGUGGAGUAGAAAAUAAAUAAACACAUACUGUUUGUUUUCCAUGCCA